UAAACAUCAGUAACAAACAGCAUUUCAUUAAUGUAUUUUAGUCUAUAUGAGAAUUUGAGUAAUGUGAAGGAAUACGUAAUGCUUAAUAGGUUGCGAACUUUGUAUGAACGGGUCUUGCCCAGUCGACAUUUGAGACAAGGAGUUCCAUUUCUGGCGUUCCUAGUUCUUGGAUGGCUCGGUAUUCGAGAAUUUGCUAAUAUACGUUAUGAUAUAAAGAAGAAAUACGGACAAUCAGAUGCUUUCAGGGAAAGAAUGGAAAAAGGAGGAAAGAAAAAAAUUAAGGAAAUUGAUCCUGAAGAGGAGUAUAAAAAACUAGUGGAAGAUGCUGAUCUUGAUUCCUGGUUUAACAUUAGAGGUCCGAGGCCUGAGGAAGAUUCGAGAGCAAUACAACAGGAGCUGAGAGAGAAGCAUCAGAAGUUGGACUCUGCUUCAAAUUAAGUUUAAAAAUAUCUCAUUGCUUUAUUUCUAUUUGAUUCAAUCUUUGUGUGGUGUGAUACUGGGUAUGGAAUGCCAAAUUUCAGAGACAUUUGGUCAAGUGUAAAAACUAUCAGAAAUAAGAAUAAGUGGUAUGACAUGUUUCUAUAACCAAAUAACUUCAAUCUGUGGCAGUACAAUUUUCGGUAUGUGAUUGACUUUGAAUACAUGUGUUUUCAUUACUGAGUUAAUAGCUAUUUGUAAACCGCUUGGAGUCACUGGUCACUUAAUAAAUUUGUCUCACAUUUA